ACAAUAGCAGAUCUCACCCUGAGCUCUGAGACACACAGAGGAGAAUAUCUACUCAUUUACUCCCUGAAAAGCGGAUUAUUGUUCGGAUUUUUCAGUCAUGACAUUUGAAGAAGUUUGUGGACAAGAGAACGAUACCAGCGACAGGAUGCGCAGUGCAGGUUCAGCACUGGAGGAGCUGCUGCUCUCUGCCAAGAAGAACGACUGCCUCACUGUGGGAGUCUACGAGUCUGCCAAAGUCAUGAAUGUUGACCCAGACAGCGUGGCAUUCUGCGUGCUGGCCACAGAUGAGGAGUAUGAGUGUGACAUGGCCCUCCAGAUCCACUUCACCCUCAUCCAAGCGUUCUGCUUCGACAACGACAUCAACAUUGUCCGGGUCAGCGACAUCGAGCGGCUCGCUGACAUUGUUGGCAGUGAUGAAACGGGUGAACCCAAGGACGCUCACUGCAUUCUCGUUACGAACCCCAAUUUGGAGUCCUGGAAAGACCCCUCUCUGGAGAAACUGAGCGUGUUCUGUGAGGAGAGGCGCAGCGUGUACGAAUGGGUUCCUGCCAUCACCCUUCCAGAACGCUGAGAACCGCAGUCUCUUACAAAACAGGAACAUACCUAUGUGAAACUUCUGGACGUGGAAUCGUCCUACCUGAAGUUGUCUGGAUUAUCCUGGAUUAUCUGGGCAGAGAGGCGGACCAAAGCAGCAUGUGGGCGUCGGUCUGCGCUAAGGGAAGCACAUGGUCUAUGGACUAGAGUGACCUGAGCUGUGCACCCAGCAUCACUCAGUGGAGAUGAUGCAAAGGCAGGUAGAAGGGAGUGGACUUGCAGCAUCUGCAGCUGAAAGGAGGAAGUUCUGGGACUGUGGAGAAGUUACAGAAAGUGUUUCCUCUGGAGAAACGUGAGGAAGUUGGAGAAGCAGAAGAAGCGAAGCUGAAGUGAAUUAUUGAAGGACUUUUGUUUUCUUUUUAUUGCAUAAAGUUUGGAGAAGUUGUUUGAUAAAGUGCAGAAUGAACUGGGAAGUUUUAUGAAUGAUUAGCCCUGACUGGGACCUUGUUUGAUGAACUGCAAAGCAACAUGUUCAUGAGUUGGUUGUGAAAAGGCUUAAUCUGAUUGGUCACUUUGUUUGGGUGAUGUUACACUCUUGUAAUUUCUUUAUUUUUCUUUAUUUUGUGAGCAAUGCUCACAGUUUAUUGUAAACAGACAGUGGAGCUGCGAAAGCAUCUCAGUUUUUUGGAAACUUUGAAUAUGAAUAAAUGUGUUAAAAUUCACAA